CGGGACCACAAGCCACUGGCAUGCAUGUCGCAACGAAUCGUCAUUCUCAAGCUGAUGACCAGCGCGAUAACGCCAUGACCAUCUACGAGGCCGCCCUUUCCACAACGGACUGUCAAGUUUGCAGCAGGAGGCUUUCCCGGCAAGACCGUUGCAGUGACUCGUCUGGAUUCUGAUCGCGCCAGUAGUAGAUUGGGAUCAGGGCUAGAACUAUACUACUCGACGCGCUGUCUGCUCGAGAAUGCCGCCUCGUAUUGUUUUGUGCGACCCUAUCGUGUAUGAGGAUGAGGGCAAAGCGGUGCUUGAAGGCGUCGCGGAAGUUCUACAAUUGGAUCCAUCCGUAGAUCGAGACGAGUUCAUUCGCGCCCUUCGUCCCGGAGGCCGUUUGGAAGGCGUGGUCGGAUUGUACGAGCGCAACCAGUCUACUGGACGGAUCGGUCACUUCGACAGAGACCUCAUUAGCAGACUUCCUCGGAGCGUGAAGUGGAUCGCGCAUGUGGGUGUCGGCUACGACAAGGUCGACGUGGCUGCUUGCAAGGAGCAUGGCAUUGGCGUGUCGAAUGCUCCUGGGGCGCUUGAUGAGACGACGGCGACUACUGCUCUCUUCUUGCUCAUAUCUGCGCUCCGAGGAUUUUCUGCGGCAGAGCAGAGCUUGCGGGCGGGAAACUGGAAGAAUCCUCACUCUGCCGCGAAUGCACACGACCUGACCGGACGAACCCUCGCGAUCCUCGGACUAGGUGGUAUCGGGCUUCGGCUGGCCGAACUCGUCCAUGCGUUUCCGAUGCGCGUUCUCUACCAUAACCGACGGAAGGUCGCGAAUGCGCCGGAGUGGUGUGAAUACUACGACAAGGAACACCUCGACGAUAUGCUUGCACAGUCAGACGUGCUCAGCGUUCAUGUGCCGUUCACAGAGGAGACGCGGAACAUCGUAGACGAGCGGAUGAUCCGCAAGCUGAAGAAGGGCGCAGUCAUCAUCAACACUGCGCGCGGGCAAGUCGUCGACGAGGAAGCCAUAAUGCAGGCUCUCAAGGACGGCCAUCUAUCUGCAGUUGGCCUGGACGUCUUCCACAACGAGCCGAACAUCGAUCCGCGCUGGUAUCGCUUCCCCAACGCUGUCCUUCUUCCCCAUGUCGGGGGAUCAACUGCCGAAGCCGUCAGGACUAUGGAGUUGUGCGCUCUGCAGAAUCUACGCGACUUCGUCCUUACUGGGAAAGGUAGAGACCUAGUAGCAGAACUCAGGUAGUCGAAUAAUCCAGCCUCAGUCCAGCCACAACACUUGAGCAAUGAUAUAAG